GUGGGCACAGGUGGGUGGCAAUGGUGGGCACAGGUGGGUGGGCACAGGUGGGUGGCACUGCUGGGCACAGGUAGGUGGCACUUCUGGGCACAGGUGUGUGAAAUUGCAGAGUGGCACAGGUGGGUGCACUGCUGGCACAGGUGGGUGCACUGCUGGGCACAGGUGGGCGGAACUUGCGGGUGGCUCUGCUGGGCACCGAUCAUCAGGGCACUGAUCAUCAGUGCCCUGAUGAUCGGUGCCGAUCCCCGCUCUGACAACUGCCGGUUCUCGGCAGUACUUUCCUCACGAUCUGACAGCGUGAGGAAAGUGCAGCCGAGAACCGGCACUUGC